AAGAUUGCCAUGUUCGACGUGGAUGACGUUUUUUACUAUACGAGCUUCGCGGAGGACCAUGGUCCUUUUAACAUCGGACUUGUCGCCCGGUUCCAUGACCUGAUCCAAAGGAUGCUGGUCGAUGCCCGGCUCAAGGGCCACCAUCUCGUCCUCUAUAGCUUGGAAGAACCGGACAGGAAGUCGAAUGGCGCUUGUCUCGCCGCUGUUCAAGCUCUUCUCGCAAACAAGCUGGAGCCUUAUCAACUGAUAUGUCAACUCUCGGACUUCGAGCUCAAACCUUUCCGAGAUGCCGCCCGAGGACGUUCCGAAUGGAGUCUGUCUAUCCAGGACAUCCUUGACGGUGCUCAUCGUGCACAACAACUGGGGCUCGUGGAUCUGAACAAGAUCAUGCCGGAUGAAUAUGAAAAGUACGAACAAGUCGAGUAUGGCGAUUUGAACACUAUCGGCCCUUUCGUCCCUUUCGCUUCACCUAGAGAGACCGCCAAAUCGCCCCGGCUCUUUCACCCUCGGACCCAAUCGGUGCUGACUUACUUUGAACGAAGCGACGUGCGAGCUGUUGUCCGUCUCAACGAUCCGCUUUACGAUUCGGGCAUCUUCACGAACAAAGGCAUCGGCCACUUUGAAAUGGAGUUCCCUGAUGGAUCGAACCCUCCAUUGGAUUUGGUGAGAAAGUUCAUCAGGUACGCCGAUGAAAUCAUCAAGGCCGGGGGCAAGGUCGCGGUGCACUGCAAAGCAGGUCUCGGUCGGUCCGGCGUGAUGAUUGGAGCCUACUUGAUAUACAAGUACGGAUUCACCGGUCACGAGGCGAUCGGCUUGAUGCGCUUGAUCCGCCCGGGGAUGGUUGUCGGCCCGCAGCAACAGUGGCUGGUGGGAAAUGCCGGACGAUUCUCCCGCUGGGUCCGUUUGUCCUGGAAUAUUACCAGACUCGCUUGCUAAGACGUUGCUUCUGCUGCUUUUAGGCGGGUGUGGACGAGUAUGUAGCCGUCGAGGCUACGAUGGUUUCGCGUCACAUCGCUGCAUCGCCGCAGACGCCUCCUAGAAGGCGUAUCAAUGCCGGUGUGAUGCACACCCCCGCUCAGCGUAUGUCGAUCACGAUGGUGUGAUGCGACGUGUUCAAUGCUGAAUUCGAAUCUGUCGUUAGCCCGGAAGACUCCUGGUGGCAAGCACCAUGCCUAUACCACGGAAGAGAUCCCCGACGUGGUCGUCGGACGGGUCCGUAAGGAAUCACCGGUCCAAGGUGUUACGCCAACCGCCAAGCGAUUCCGCAGCGGUAUCCCGAGUCCCAUCAUCUCGCCGAUGAAGAGGAUGACGCAUUUUAUGGCGGGUUCGAAGCCGCCCGUCUCGCCAGUCAAAUCGAAAUCGGCAUUGUAAAGAGUUUGG